AAUUCUCGUGCACCCUGGAAAUUGAACGUGAAACCGUCUGUUCGUAUACAGUCGUAGGAUUAGCAGGUUGCUCAUAAAUCCAAAUAUAGCUGUCAAUGACAAUUCCCAGUCGUGUCCAUGCUAUUUUCAGUCUUUCCCAGGCAGCAAAAUUAAACUUUGAUAAUCCGCGUCGCCCACACAUGUCCACUUUGGCGCCAAGUGUCCACACAACCACCACUGACCGCCGACCCAAUGCAGCGACGACCACCACACGUGGAUUGAUAUACCAUCAGCACGUCUUAUGGACAGUGCAUAUACGAGAACUUCGGUCUGUACGAGACAUCUGGAUAAUCGGUGUUGCCUAAUCAAUCCAUUGACUCGAUUACAAAUGCCGUCCACAUCCGCAUCCGCAUCCACAUCCACAUAACUAAGACACGCCUCAGCCUUCGGAUGCUGUGACGGCUGACACAGCAUAAACCAUCACCAAAGUUAUAAUCUGAUCUAACAAAUACAUACAUUCAUUUUUCCUGGCUACGCCCACCCACCCAUCAAAAUGGACUGGCCCUACCACAUCAACACCACCCUCACUACCUCUCAAAAGCUCCUCCGCCGCCAAACCAUCGACCGCUACGGCCUCUACGCGCAUCUCUCCCCCCUCCUCCCCAUCGCCUUGUACUGGCUAUACGUCCUCUUCAAAUGGGUCGUACGGGCGCGCCAGACGAGGGGCGAGUAUGCGGCUGUGCCGGGGUCGCCGCAUGUGAAGAGGGAGGCGAGGACGGCGGCGGGGAGGGCGGCGAGGUGGUGGAGGGGGGGGUUGUGGUGGGUUGGGGGGAGGGGUGAGGAGCAGGAGAGGGUGGUGCAUCAGUUGGCGGGGUUGGUGUGGGCGGUUUGGUUGGGGGGGUUGGCGGUGCAUGGGACGGGUGAUGAUUACCUCCACCUCACCAAACGAUUCGGAAUGAUCGCAGCAUCCCAGCUGCCCAUACUGUACCUCCUCAUGAUGAAGAACCGCUACUCCCCACUCCGUUACCUCCUCCGCGCCUCCCACGAAGAGCUCAACCCCUACCACCGCAUCCUCGGCCAAAUCAUCGUCACCCUCUUCAGCCUCCACGCCGGCUUCUACCUCAACUUCUUCAUCCGCGCCAACCUCGUCAAGAACCUCUUCACCCGCCCCGUCCCAUCACUAGGUCUACUCUCCAUCAUCUUCAUCCUAACCCUCUACAUCACCAGCAUCAAAACCAUUCGCACCUACAGCUACCGCAUCUUCUACGCAACCCACUUCACCAUCAGCCUCCUCCUCGCCCCAAUCCUCUUCUUCCACGCUGCCCCCGUCCGCCUCUAUCUCAUCGAGACCCUCGUAUUCGUCCUCUUCAACCUUCUCACCCGCCGCCUAACCUCCUUCCUCGCCCCCUCCACAAUCACCGCCCUCCCCCAAACCACCCUCCUCAAACUCAACAUCCCCAUCCCCCCCUCCCACCGCCGCCUCUACGCAAACUCCGCAGGACAACACGUCUACCUCUCCAUCCCACCCCCCAGUCAACCCUCCACCGGAGCCGCAAUCCUAAAUCUCUGCUCAAACCCCUACACCAUCUCCUCCAUCGCCCCCGACACCAAAUCCCUAACCCUGAUCGCGCGCUCUCUCUCCGGCCCAACCUCCGCGCGCCUCCUUGAACUCGCUGAGCUCUGGAAAGCCCGCCCGCCUUUGCGCAUCGAGGGGCCGUAUGGCGGUUCUACCCGGUUUCCCGAUUUCGCUAGCGAGUUUGACCGGGUCUUACUAGUUGCCGGAGGGGUGGGAGGGACGUUUGUACUACCGCUUUAUCAGCGCGUGAGGACGGAGAUGGAGAGGAGGGGUUUGAACACGGAGAGGGUUGUUAUGGUGUGGUCUGUUCGGAGCGCAGCGGAGGUGGAGUGGGCGGCUGAGGCGGUGGGGGAGGUAGCGAGUGGGGUUGAGAUUGUGGUUACGAGGGAGGAAGAGGAGAGGGGGUCUGUGGAUGGGGGUGGGGGGGUUGAGAUGUUAGAUUUGGCGGAGGAGGGGGGGAGAAGGAAGAGGGGACGGGUGGAUGUUGGGGGGGUUGUGGAUGGGGUGUUUAGGAGGGGGGAGGGGGAGAGGGUUGCGGUUAUUGUGUGUGGACCGGGGGGGAUGGCGAGGGAGGUCAGGACGGCGGUGGGGAGGUGGGUGGGGAAGGGGAGGGAUGUGUGGUUCCAUGAGGAAGGGUUUGGGUUUUGA